AUGCCCCACUUCCGCAUCGGCGUAGACAUCGGCGGCACCUUCACCGACAUCGUAUUCCUCGGCGGCGACGGGCGCGUUCUGACCCGCAAGGUGGCCAGCACCCCCGACGACUACAGCCGUGCCGUCCUCAACGGCAUCCGCGCAGGCAUGGAGGAGCUGAACAUCCCGCCGAGCUCGGUAACCGAGGUCGGGCACGGUUUCACGGUCGCCACCAACGCCAUCAUCGAGGAAAAGGGGGCCCACAUGGCCCUCAUCACCACCGAGGGAUUCCGCGACGUUCUCGAGUUCCGCCGCAACCGCACGCCUCGGCUCUACGAUCUCUACUACGAAAAGUCGCCCACCCUGGUGAAGCGCCAAUACCGGCUGGAGGUCGGGGAGCGCCUAAACUUCCGUGGCGAGGUCCUGCGCCCCAUCGAUGCCGAUUCCGUCGACCGCGCUGCCCAGGCAGUGGUCGACAGCGGCGUGGAGUCCGUGGCAGUCUGUCUACUCCACUCCUACGCCAACCCGGCUCACGAGCAGGUCGUCGCCCAGGCUGUUCGGGAGCGCGCACCGGACGUUGUCCUGACGCUGUCGUCAGACCUCCUGCCUGAGAUGAAGGAAUACGAGCGCACCAGCACCACGGUGAUCAACAGCUACGUCCGGCCCGUGGUCGAAACCUACCUGACCCUGCUGACCCAGGGCCUCGAAGACAUGGGAAUCACCGUGCCGCUGGCCGUCAUGCAGUCCAACGGAGGCCUGGCCACUUCUGCCAUCGCCAUGGAGCGCCCGGUCUACUGCAUCGAGUCCGGCCCGGCCGCAGGAGUCGUCGGCGCCUUCCACCUGGGGCGCCGGCUGGACAUGCCCAACCUCGAUGACCCUCGACAUGGGCGGCACGACAGCCAAGCCUCCAUCAUCGAGAACGGUGAAAUGCUCCAGGCCCCGGAAUACGAGGUCGGAGGCGACAUCAGCGUCGGCCACCGCCUGCUCCGCGGAAGUGGGCAUAUCCUCCGCGUCCCGGCCAUCGACCUCGCUGAGGUUGGCGCCGGCGGCGGCAGCAUCGCCACCGUCGACCGCAGCGGCUCCCUCCGCGUCGGCCCCCAGAGCUCCGGCGCAUUCCCCGGCCCUGCCUGCUACCAGCUCGGCGGACAGGACGCCACGGUAACCGACGCUGACGUGCUCCUCGGCUACCUGAACCCCCAGCACCUGCUCGCCGGCGAUUUCCCCAUAGACUCCGAGCUGGCGAGACGAGCCGUGACCGACAACGUGGCCCGCCCCCUGAACAUGUCCGACGUCGAGGCGGCCCACGGCAUCCACCUGCUGGUCAACUCCAACAUGGGCCGUGCCCUCAGGGCCGUCUCCAGCGAACGGGGCCGGGACCCCCGCCGCUUCGACCUCAUCUGCUUCGGUGGCGGAGGCCCGGUCCAUGCCGCCGGUCUCGCUGAGAUGCUCGACAUAACCCGCGUGGUUGUCCCACCCUUCCCCGGCGUCUUCAGCAGCUUCGGCCUGCUGGUCGCGGACGUGGAACACCACUUCGUCCGGACCCAUUUCAAGACCUUCGAAGAGAUCGACCUGCCCACCCUCGCGGCUUGGUCGAGGGCAUGUGGGAGGAGGGCCGGCGACAGCUCCGCCUCGAGGGUCUCCGACCUGACCGUUGCCGUCCCGUCCGGCCCCAUCACCCAGGCAACCCUCGAUGCACUCGCCGAAAAUUUCGACUCCGAGCAUGAACAGUCAUUUGGCUACCGCACCGACGUGGGCUACCAGCUGGUCAACAUCCGCGUCAUCGCCCGCGGCCUGCCCGACGCGCCGCGAAUGCCGGAACGCUUCGAGCUGGCUGAUGCCGCCAACGGAGCACAGGGGACCCGUCCCGUCUAUUUCGGCCCCAACCGCGGCUGGGCCGACACGCCCGUGCUGAGUCGCCCCAGCCUGCAGGGUCGCUCGGAACCCGGCCCGCUGGUAAUCGAAGAAUACGACUCCACCACCGUAGUCCCUCCAACCUGGGCCGCCACCGUCGAUGAUGCCAGCAACAUUAUCCUGGAGCGGGCCUGA